AUGUUCGCUCUAGACGUCGCAGCAAGCAGCUCCCCUGCCCAAGCCCCACGCUCGGCCGAUGCCCUUGCAAAUAUGGCACGGCGACGAGCACUAUCCUCUCCCCGAUUUAAAAGAGAUUCAUCCCCUACCAUCCCGCGCAGGCGAACCUGUCCGCCGGCGCCCCCCUCCCCUGCCCUUGGCUCCGAUGAAGGGCAAUGGCAGUCCUCGGUGGCCCUGUCCAGCGCUGCCCCGCAACAGCACUCUGCGGUACGAUUUCAGUCGGCUGAACCGAAGACGGAAGAGAAGACGCAGUUCCGGGCAACGCAACAUGAACUAUCAGACUCCGAAUCCAUUUCGAGCGGCCCUUCAUUCAGCGAAGUCGAGCCUGCAUCCUCAAGGCAACUGUCAGUAAUUACCGCUGCCACGUCUGUCACGGGUGGUCGAAAUUCUGUGGCUUCCCACAACGCUCUCGUCGCUUGGCCACAACACCGACGCCAGCUGGAUAGACUUGGAGCCCGACGUGACUGCGGAGGACGAUGGCGCGAGCAUCGAUGGGGUCACUGUGCAAGACGCCUGCGACCAUCUUCAGACGUUGACGAGAGUCAUCGAGGCGGCAGUCCUGUACGGGCGGCAACAGCGAACGCUGCGCUACGAGCUGCUCCGAGCCCAUUUGAGAGCUUUCCUAGAUCUAGCACCCGAACAUGGAGCUUGCAAAUGCAGGCAGUUCCAUCGACCCAUGCUGAGCGACGCCGUUCGCUCAAUCAUGUUGAGAUGUCCAUACCGCAGCGGAGAUCUUCGCUCUAUGCCGACACAACAGCCAAUUUAAAGAACUUGAGCUUUCUGGCGACGCCUGACUUGUCAUGCCAAGCCUCAUUCGAGGCGCCUGCCUCAGGCGUCCCUCAUCAAGGUCGCGGAUCGGCCGAAGCAGAGGCAACGAACCCAGCUCUUGAUGACCUCAAUGACGACAUAGAACCGUGGUUCCGGUAUGUAGACCAACAGCAUGUCUCCUCCGCCGAAAGACGAAGAACAGUUCAUGCCUCGAAACGGCAAUCCCACACGCUGCCAACCCCACCGCUGGAUGAGGUGCAAUCCUGGCUCGACAGCUCACUGGACGCUUCACAGCUGGAAGAGGGCCACCGCAUGCCACUGCCGCCAGAUGUGGUCGAGACGCUGCGGGUCUCCCUCGCUUGCUUCCCAGAAACGAUGUUACUGUGUUCGAGCCUGUCUACCGAGACCAUUCGCAGCUAUGCAAAGAAGGUGAAGCACCCGGCCAAUGAACCAGCCAGCCUACACACUCCGCCCCCGUCACCAAAGAGGUGGAAAUGGUCGAAUGUCCUGGGUCAGCGACGGAGUGUCUCCUCGUUGAAACGUGAUUCGCUUUCACAACGGCAUUCCACGGAGCUCAACACGUGCACCGAAUCUUCAACAACGACGGCGUGUCCGUCACCACAGCCACCAUGGUCACGGCUUCGCAACAUUUUCCCUGAUGGCUCUGAUUAUCUGCUGGACGCAUUGUACGCCCACUUGGUCGCAUAUAGCUACGUAUCUGGUCUGGUACCCCGCUCCAAUACAAAGCACUCAAACCGCGUGGACCGACAGCCUUCGACUCCAAAUCAUGAGCGCCAAUCGAUCGAGUCUUUGAAGAGUAGGGAUUCGAACUCAAAUGACAUUCCGAAGAAGGCGGCGCAUCUUCUCGGGCUACAAGAUGCUGCCACGCCACCUUCUCCCCAUUCACCACAAGCCCAACGACUUCGCAAGAAGUCGAGCAUUCUGGAUACGCUUCGUGGCUCUCGUUUACCGCUGUCGACGCAAUCGACAUCCAUGGAUAGUCGGCCUAUGAAAGAAAUUCAAGUCGGGUUGGCUCGAUGCAUAGGCCGGCUCGUGACGACGCUGCGUGUAAGUCCUGAUGAGGGUGCGGAAGACGAAACCUUACUUUUGGCGGGUGAGGAUUCCAAGCUUGAGAACAUCGACCCCUUGCUGGUGCGAUCGUUGUGCGAAAUUGUACGCUGUUGUGAGGAGACGGCGUAA